CUUAUUAAUAUAGGGAGACAUGUUAACAAUGUGCAUUCUGGGAUUUAUAAUCCAAUCUAAGGUUUGGACCCGGUUAUCUGCUGCAGGUUGGCCUGAAUUUGAAUCCAAGUAGUUGUGAUAUAUUUUCCCAGACAUGGAGGGAGUUAGUUUCUCGACGAAUUGCUACCAGUAUCGGUUUUUUGCAUUCCAAGAAGUGCUCGACUGGCGGUUCUUCAUCAUCGGAAAUUUUCUUCUGGUUUCCUUUGUUAAUUGCACUUAGUGUUCUGCUCCCGUUUAAUGAUCGGCACAGGGUACGUGAUGCUAGUUUCUUCUGAUACAGGUGCUGCAUCUUUAGUGCACUUGUACAAUGCAUUGCUGACCCAACACUCAGUUAUUAUAUCUGGUAGAACCUCUUCUGGGGGCUGAAGUAUAUAGAUUGGUGACUGUAUACUGGAUGCUGACUAGUCUUUGAGUGAAGCAUUUGCGUUGAAUCAUUGCAGACUGUAGUUUUCUGGCAAUUGUCUUCUUGUUGCUCUUGAUGGGGUAUAGUUGGUGACGAUACAUCAGUUACCUGAAAGUUCUGAAACAAAUACUGCAUAGUUUAGAUGAAGUAGAUAUUACCAUAGUCUUGAAGUCUUGGGUCACAGUGAUUUUAGCUAGAGAUUAAUGCUAAUGCUUUGAUCACUCUUGUGGUUGGACCUGAGAACCUGAGAAGCAUCAGUAUGAUCUCUGGUACUUGUUCAUUUCUACUACCGUUGUCCUGCAACCAUUAUAAAGCCGUGGGUCUAUUAAUGAAUAAGGCUGUGCAGCCCUUCCAUCAGAUAGUUUCUGCUUCCAUGCCCUGUUUUGCUACGACAGAAAAUUGAUGGUGGAUUUUGCUGGAUCAGCAGUCAUCUGUUAAUAUCUUAUAUACCUCUGAGCAUCAUCUGCAAUAGAUAAAUGCCAUCUAUCAUUUGUGUUUUUGUUUACUUUAGUUGAAUAAAGAAAGAGCUGAUUUGUAUUUUCACGGGAACAAUGGAGAGGUACAAGUUAAUUAAGGAAGUUGGUGAUGGAACGUUUGGGAGUGUUUGGAGAGCUAUUAAUAAGCAAACUGGAGAAGUUGUUGCAAUUAAGAAAAUGAAGAAGAAAUAUUACUCUUGGGAGGAGUGUGUAAACCUGAGAGAAGUCAAGUCACUAAGAAAAAUGAACCACCCAAAUAUUGUGAAGCUAAAGGAAGUUAUUCGAGAAAGUGACAUUCUGUACUUUGUUUUUGAGUACAUGGAAUGCAACCUGUACCAACUUAUGAAAGACAGGGAGAAGAUGUUUUCUGAAGGUGAAGUUAGGAAUUGGUGUUUUCAAGUUUUCCAAGGUCUUGCUUAUAUGCACCAGCGUGGAUACUUCCACCGUGAUCUGAAGCCUGGUACGUUUAUCAUUGCAUCCGAAUCCUUUGUUAAAUGUGCUAUAUGAUAAAAUAGAGAACAUGCUUUUUGA